UAAGGUGGGCGGGGCAUCUCGAUCGGGGAUGAGCUUUAAACAUAAGAGCAUAACCUCAGGGUUGUGUUGUCUAGCAUAACAUUCCGUUUCGGUCUCAUAAAGCGCUUCCAGUUGCGGGGGUGUAUGAGGUGCAUCAGAGUAAAGAGUUUUACCUCGAUCAGGUAGCGAAGGAGGUGAAAGUAGGAGUGGAAGUGGGGUGGGGGGGCGGCUGUGGUUGGACUUAGUGAAAGAAAACAAUAUGGCCGCGGUGGAGCUGGAAUGGAUCCCCGAGACCCUGUACAACACCGCUAUCUCAGCCGUGGUCGACAACUACGGCCGAUCGCGACGGGACAUCCGCUCUCUGCCUGAAAAUAUACAGUUUGAUGUGUAUUAUAAGCUUUACCAGCAAGGCCGGCUCUGCCAGCUGGGAGGGGAGUUCUGUGAGCUGGAGGUCUUCGCUAAAGUCCUCAGGGCCUCUGACAAAAGGCAUCUCCUACACCACUGCUUCCAGGCUCUGAUGGACCACGGUGUGAAGGUCGCUUCAGUCCUGGCCAACUCCUUCAGCCGCCGAUGUUCAUACAUCGCAGAGUCAGAUGCGCACGUGAAAGAGAAAGCUAUACAGUUUGGCUUUGUUUUAGGUGGCUUUUUAUCAGAUGCCGGUUGGUAUGGAGAUGCAGAGAAAGUCUUCCUGUCUUGUCUCCAGCUGUGCACAUUACACGAUGAGGUUCUUCACUGGUAUCGUGCAGUAGAGUGCUGUGUGAGGUUACUUCAUGUGCGUAAUGGCAACUGCAAAUACCAUCUGGGAGAAGAAACUUUCAAACUGGCCCAGUCUUACAUGGACAAACUAGCCAAACAUGGCCAUCAGGCUAAUAAGGCUGCCCUGUAUGGAGAACUGUGUGCCCUACUCUUUGCCAAAAGCCACUAUGAUGAGGCUUAUAGGUGGUGUAUAGAGGCUAUGAAGGAGAUCACCAUUGGCUUACCAGUGAAAGUAGUAGUUGAUGUUCUCAGACAAGCCUCUAAGGCUUGUGUUGUUAAGCGGGAGUUUCGGAAAGCUGAACAACUGAUAAAACAUGCAGUCUUUUUGGCACGGGAACAUUUUGGGCACAAGCACCCCAAAUACUCAGAUACACUACUAGAUUAUGGAUUUUAUCUCUUAAAUGUGGAUAAUAUCUGUCAAUCAGUGGCCAUUUACCAGACUGCACUAGAUAUUCGGCAGUCAGUGUUUGGAGGAAAGAAUAUUCAUGUUGCAACUGCACAUGAGGACCUGGCGUAUUCGUCCUACGUCCAUCAGUACAGCUCUGGUAAAUUCGACAACGCACUAUUCCAUGCAGAACGUGCCAUAGACAUCAUAACUCACAUUCUCCCUGAAGACCAUCUGCUGCUGGCCUCGUCCAAGAGGGUGAAAGCCCUAAUCCUGGAGGAGAUUGCCAUUGAUUGCCAUAACAAAGAAACCGAGGAACGUCUCCUGCAGGAGGCCCAUGAUCUGCACCUCUCCUCCCUGCAGUUGGCCAAAAAAGCUUUCGGAGAGUUCAAUGUUCAGACAGCAAAACACUAUGGGAACCUGGGCCGCCUCUACCAAUCCAUGCGCAAAUUCAAGGAGGCAGAGGAGAUGCACAUCAAGGCCAUUCAGAUCAAGGAGCAGCUGUUAGGACAGGAGGACUAUGAGGUGGCUCUGUCAGUGGGACACUUGGCCUCGCUCUACAACUACGACAUGAAUCAGUACGACGACGCAGAGCGCCUGUACUUGCGUUCCAUCGCUAUUGGCAAGAAACUGUUCGGGGAGGGGUACAGUGGACUGGAAUAUGACUACAGAGGCCUGAUAAAACUGUACAAUUCAGUUGGAAACUACGAGAAGGUCUUUGAGUACCACAAUAUUCUGUCCAACUGGAACCGUUUAAGGGACAGGCAGUUUGCAGUAGCCGAUGCGCUGGAGGACGUCAACACAAGCCCCCAGGCCACAGAGCAGGUGGUGCAGUCUUUCCUGCUUUCCCAGAGCCACGGAGCCGGACGCCCCUGCUUGGGCUAACACCCGGGAAGCCCACCAGAAACAUAGAUGUGCACACCCACCCCCAUUUCACACCCUCACAUCCAUUUAUUCAAGUAGUCGGGGAGUGUGAGCUCCUCAAGGACUGUCAAUUCACUUGUACCAGCAACUCCCCAAGCCCGCCUCCUUAAAAUAGGAGGAAAACAAUGACAUCUGUGCGACCAUGCUGAGACUCACGAUGGAUAAGCAACCAUUCACUGAAUUUGUUCACUCUCCUUUGAAGAACCCGACCAUUUCUCUGACUUCAAGAGGAGUUGAAUAAAAAAAACAAAGCAGUCCGACAAAGACGGAAAACUUCCACACCAUCUAUUCUUUUGUUUAUUUUUUGUAUUUGAAGGAGAGUCACUCCACACUACAGGAAUACUUUGUUUAACACCACAUUGUCUAUUUGUGGAGGAAACUGCUUAACGCAGCUCCCACAGAACAAGAUUCGACAGGAAAAGGCCUGAGUGAAGGAACAUCCAUAGACGUCCGUGCCCCCAUUUACACAAGGAUUAGAGCUUGACUUCAUGAAAUGCAAAGCUUUGCAUUUGAGGAUUACCUGUGUGCUCUCUGGAAAAUGAGACCAGCCAUCUUACAUUAUGGACCAUUAUGUUUAUUUUUGCUUCUUUUUUUAAUGAAUAAUUCAUGUCGCGUGUGGAAUUUACAGACCAGUGGGUUUACUAUUGCUCUAGAUACCGUGUUUUAAGUUCUCUUCUGGUUUUGUAUUCCCUUAGUACUGACCUAGCUUAUUUUAAACUGCCAAUAAUUUAUAUGCAAGGUAUGCUACAACUUGUAGGUGUAAUGUUGCAAACGGAUGAGCCAAAAUGACUUCUGUUCAUAAUAAUCAUAAUAAGUGUGCGACCACAGCUAAUUGACAUUAUAUGAACUAAACGGAGUUGGAGGAUGAGUUCACAAAGCUGGCUUUCUGUCAUAGCGGAGCCUUAUUCAUGCACACACACAAUAUAAGCUGUAGCAGUGAUAGUUACAGGACCAGGUUUCCCAUUGUUGUUUUCCUUUCAGAGCUCGGCCACGGGUGGCGUAGAUUAACACCCCUGGCCCACUGCCAGCUGACUGGACACACAGAAAAAAGGGCUGAGCGCAGCACCUGUCAUUGUGAAGAGGCUUCCCUACUGGGGAACCUGCGCUAUAGUGCACAGGGUUGUGAAUCCACGCACGAUUGUGUAGUAGCAGUGCAAUAUUUGCUAAACGCACCUGUACCACUCCGAAACCAUUCAGUCUGACUCAUUUCACUGCCGCUCCUCUCUCGAAUAUAUCCAAAAGCCACAGAGAAUCGCAACCAGGUUGACAACAUUUCAAGAAGUUGAAGGAGGACCGUUCAGAUUAAAUUGGCAUCCUUUUGUCACACCUUCAUGAAGAACUCAUUCUUUUUUGCUGAAACAAAGCCUUGCUGCAGGCUAGUCAUGUAGAAUGUGCUUUUAGUGUCUCGCCACAUUUGAGCCCCCAGCCGGCAGCACCGGGACCCCAGAUCGAGCUGAAGUCCCAGCCUUAGUCUUAAAGGACUCCCAGCUGGCGGGGAUCUGCUUUGUCAGCUUUUUUUGAGUAGCUCGUAGAACGAAACCUCCACCUGCAGUUUUCAAACACCUUUAGUCCCGUAAACCGAGCAAGAGAUUACUAGGACAGUUAUUUACCCCAUUUUCACUCCUUAAAAAUCCCUUUAUUGUUACGUUUGAAGUUGGUCUUAAAAGGAGAGUCCACCCCAAAAUUAAAAUUCUGAUGUAAUUUGCUCCCUCCUCAUAUCAUUCCAAACCUGCAGGCAUUUCUUUCUUCUGUGGGACAUAAAGAAGAUAUUUUGAAGAAUGUUGGUAACCAAACAGUUUGGAUUUCUGUUGACAAAAAAAUACAAUGGAAGUCAAUGGGAACUGAAAAUAUCUUCUUCAAAGUAUUUUCUUUCAUGUUUCACAGAAGAACGAAAGUCAUUCAAGUUUUGGAAAAACGUGAGUGCGAGUAAAUGAUAAUGGAAUAUUCAUUUUCUGGUGGAUUAUUCCUUUAAUGCUGUAUUUGAGGCAGCAAGUGAAGGACAGGUUUUUGCUUUGGUUAGAGAGAGAGAAGGAAUAUUGUAACAAAUAAACUGUGAUCUUUCACACUUUGUAAGUGCAUUUCAAUUGAAUACGUGUUGUGAAUGGACUGAUGGAAUUAGUGGAGUUCUUGUAUCGGAUGAUGAGUUUAGGAAAAUGAACAUCAAAUGUAAAAAAAAAAAUGCACAUGGGAAACAAGCUUGGUGGAUGCUGAAUGAAUUUAAAACGUAGCUCUGAUUGCUUCCUUCUGAAUGUCGAUUCAAGGGCUUACUUGUCAACCUCAAGUGGUAUAUCACUGGUUAUAAAGAUGGUUGAUCACUGUUGAUCAAAUCAAAACUCGAUCUGAAUAGGCCACAGUUCCCCAAAAAUCAAAGGUGCUUCUGGGUCAAACAUUCUCUUUGUUUGCAUGUUUAAGUAAAUGUAUAUAGAUGUAGAUGCAUAGCUACAAGUGGUUAUUGUCCCAGUGAGCUCCAUAGUGACAGAAAAAACUGAGCAGUUAAUAAACAUCCCAUGAAAUAAGAGAAAGAAUGAACUUUGCGACUCUGAAGUGUUAAACUGAUCACAGAAAUUAAUAAACUGCAUCCUCUGACAAUAAAAGCAAUCCUGUCACUACAACUUUUCUGCCCUCAGAGAGUUGGAGAAUGUAAUUAAGGGUUGAUAACCGAUAUACAGUGGGGCCUUUUAGAUGCUAAUUAUCUUUAUGAAGUCCUCAGACAUGCUGCCACGUGUAGAUUGUGAUUUGGCCAAAGUGCUGUUUCAGAUGGAUGAUGGCGAUCCUUGAAGUUACAACUUAUAAGUGGACGUGAUCUCUUGUGAUUUUCUUUUAAUGUCUAUAGUCAUUGGAGACACUUUAGAUCAAAUCCAAUGACAAAGAAGAGGACAAUUGUGUUAUUUAACAUUGAUACUGACUGUUACCCUGGAAGUGUCAGUAACCUGUGCCACAGCGAGCCUCUGCUUGGAUACUCUUCAGUCAUUGGCUUCAUGUAACUCACCCUCAGUAGAGUCUGCUGUACAUUGUACAUCUGUAACCACCAAAUCAUUAUUAAACUCGUUUGUAUCCAGCAUUGUGAAAAUCUGUAACUAUUUCUAACACACAAAAAAACAAUAUAGAGCUCUCUAAUAGACUACAAUGAGCAAUAUUGCUUCUGAAGUAUUAAAGUUGCUUUAUUUUUU